CAGGGAGGACGUCGGGCUGGGUCUGGAAGGCUCCAGGUGACUUGCUCACUGCAACUGCCCUUAUAGAUCCUCUCAACAACCCAGUGAGUGAGACGUUGGGCUCACUCCUGUUUCACAGAUGAAGACGUGCUAUUUGGACAGAGACCUCCACCGUGAGAAAGGGGCAGUUGUGGUGCAGACGCUGACACCGAGUAAGCUCAGAGAGAACGCCCGACAGCGGAUCGAGGUUGACAGAAUUGUUAGCAGCUGCCCAAACGACAGCGCGGCAGCUUUUCACGCUAAAGAAACGAAGGACACCAUUGGCUCGAGUUCAUCAGGAAGCGGGCAGAAGGUGGAAGCUAGAACGCUAGGCUUGUGGUUGCCAUAGCGACAAGGAGGCCGCCGGCCAGAUUCAGUCCAGCGGGACAGACGAGGUGCUUAGAAGAACAUGUAGUCGAGUUUUUCAUCAAACAAAUGGAACGUAUCACAGAACUUUGCUAAGAUGGACACACAAAAAGACCAACACUCUGGCAAAAAAUAUUCCAGAACGGCUAAGAAAGUCCAGAAAGGUUUUACUGCUGCAUAUCCAACACAAUCCUCCAUUCCUUAUAAAUAUCAGCCUUUCGUAAUUCCAGAAUCAGAAAAAAAGGGAUUUAAUAGCCAAGCCAAGAGAUUUUACCACAAACAGGAUGAUAUCCCAGGCCCGGGGUUCUACAACGUCAUUCACCAGUCCCCUGUGUCCGACAGCGUGUCAUUGUCCAAGAAAGGGACAUGCACUUUCCCUUCUAUGUGUGCCCGACUGGACACCAUCGUUUCUAAAUACCCAGCAGCUAAUGCGUACACUAUCCCAUCUCAUCUUGUUUCAAAGAAAGACUUCAGCAAUUCCUGUUCCAGCAUGUUCCAGUUGCCAAGCUAUGAGAAAGUACUCAAAUUUGAAACCCCUGCACCAAACCAGUACAAUGCCUCCGACUCCUGCUGCAAGCAGGCAAACAACGUCUGUGCCCGAGCUGGGUUCGUGUCCAAAACCCAGAGAGGACUUUUCGCUGUUUCUAAAACAGGACCCGCCCCAGGGCAUUAUGAUGUGAACGAAUCCCUUGUGAAGCAGUCACCGAAGAUAUUGAUGUCUUGUUUUAAAUCAAAAACCGACCGUGGAUUAAAGCUGACGUCAACAGGCCCAGGACCCGGUUAUUACAACCCAAAUGGUCACCCCAAAGUUCAAAAAAAGACUCUGAUCCCGAGAAACCCCAUCCUGAACUUCUCUGCCCAGCCUUUGCCUCUGCCCCCGAAGCCGCCUCUGCCAGGCCCCGGGCAGUACGAGAUCGUGGACUACACGGGACCCCGCAAGCACUUCAUCUCCAGUGCGUCUUUCGUGUCCAACACCAGCCGGUGGACAGCGGGGCCGUCCCAGCCAGGCCUGCCCGGCCCAGCCACGUACAAGCCGGAAUUCCCUGGCAAGCAGUCGUUUCUCUACAAUGAGGACAACAAAUGGAUCCCAGUGUUGUAGUCGCCGCAUUCGAGCUCAAGGAGACCCCCGGCCGCCCCCCCAGGCACCCCAGAGGGUCAGCAGGGAGUGCCCAUCUCGUGUGUGUGUGACAGCUGAUGGCACGGGGUGGCCUGCCCCCCUCCCUUCAUCCCUGGCCUGCUGGUGCAACCGGGCUGCCAUGCUUGUCCUGAGCCGCGCCCUGGAGCGUGGAGCCCCCCCGCCACGCUCUGAGCCCCGUGGAUUCCUGAGCAGAAGCGAGGGGUGAACAGAGCCCCCGCCCUCGGUCAUUUCACCCCUUGCGCCCGUCCAGGCCAUCUCCAGUCUCCAGCAGCUCGCGAAGCUCGGCCUCCAAGAGGAGGCCACCAACAGCCAAUGCCCCGUCCCGAAGCCCGAUGCUGAGCCAGGGCCCUGCGGCCGUGGCCCCGGCACCCUCCCAUCCUUUGGCCUUUGACCUCCACAUCCCUCCCGGAACUCUAGGGUCCAGGAAGGCCCAGAGGCCCAGUGCCAGGGAGCUGGAGGGGUUGCCUGGCCCUUGCCCCCAGCCCAGGCCUCGUGUCUCACCUCAGGAGAGCACGGCAGCAUCGCUGUGGUCUUGUGAGCUCAUCACCCGCCCUCAGGGGAGGCCAACCCGUCCGUUUAUCGGCUCUGUGCCCAAGUGGCAGGCGCAGGCGGGACCCUCUGGGGCCAGAGUCGCGGGCACAAUGGUUCUGAGGGGCGCCUGUAGGUCCUUUCACCUGGCUUUCCCCUUUCCUGGCCGUCUCUGUCCCCCUCACCUCCUGCUUAAGUUGAAUAUGACCUUUACUGAACCUUUUUAGGCCUGUCAAGUCAGUCCCCCUUGGCAAGAAAAAGGGAUUCUCAAGGAACCCAGAGGAGCUAGAGUGAACCACACGCCUCUCCCUCCCUAGCCACCCCCGUGGCUUUGACCUUCCUAAGUGGAAGCCUCCUGCGCUCUCUGCUACACCUCCCUGUGUCCCCCCACUUGCCCUUGACUCUCUCCUUAGACUCUGCUUUGUGACUUUUAGCUCAGAGCUGGCCACUGAUGGACUCUCCUUUCAGGGAAGGGCUGCUGAGGAAGAGGGCAGGAGGAGGAUGGGAUAGCGUGUCCAUUUAAACCGAGUUCUCAUUUCUCACAAAUGCUGGGCUUGCUGUAAACCUCAGGUUCCUGGCACGUGCCCCCACUGCUCUGGAUGAGCAGGAGGCAGCCUGGAGUGUAGCCCCAGGAGCGUCCAGAGUCUGGACCUGAAGGCAGACACAUUGUGCUGCAUCCGCUCUGGCCCUAGCUUCUUCUGGGGGUCAACUUGGAGCGGAAUUUGGAGGCUCAAGGUCAAGCACUUCCAGGGCUGGGUGGGCAAGGCAGGGGGCAAAACAGGUGAGGCGAGAGGAGGUCCGGGAGCUGAGGCCGCUGUCCAUCUAAAGGCCUGCUACCUGUCUCCAGAUCUGCAGAUUCUUUGGGAGAGCCUGGGAAAUUUUAAAACCUGAAACUUCUCGAUUGGAAAUGUGAACAACCUUAUUUCAACUAAAAUUUUUUUAUUCGGGCUAAAGGAAA